AUGGCAGAGCCGGGCUGUGAGCAUGGGCCACCGUCCAGGGUGCGUGGAACACCAGGCACAGCAUGAUCUGUUUAGUAUGUUUUCCCAUCUGUGAGGAAUACAUACAAAUAGUUACAUGUACAUAUGCAUGGGAGCACGCAUGGACGUCAGCACAGAUGAGCUCUGGCGAUGGGGGAUGGGCGAUUUCAUCGCAUUGGGUUGUUUUUCCUUUUUGUUUCUAUUUUUUUCUAAAAAUGAAAAUGUAUUGCUUGCUUGCGUCAUGAAAAAUAUUCAAAAGGAGAAGAAAAAGGCCUGUCUCUUGUGUGUCUGAGCUGAGCUGGUUGCCAUGGAGACUGGACGGUUGUCAAGGCAGCUAUUGGAUGGGCAGGGGGGGCUGCGGGUGCUUCCUGGGAGCCGAGCUGGCACAGCCCGCAGUCUGCACUGCGGGGCCGGCGCCAGCAUGGACGGAAUGGACGUGUGGGUCAGCACCUUAGCCCAGCUGAUGGCCAAGAGGAAGCCAGAGGACACCUGGGAGCUGGUCCUUGAGGAGAACCUGUCCUCCGGGCAUCUGGACAGUGGCAGUUACGAGUACCGGCUGAGGGGGCUUUCCAGGCUCCAGUGCAACCGCUGCCAGUGGGGCUGGUCCUCUGCCCACGUGCACAUCCUAUUCCAUGUGCGAUGGGACAAGGACCGCCACCUGGGGCUGGUGAAGAUGCGUAUCUGGGCCCAGGCGUGCCAGCUGUGCCCGCCGGACGCCCGGGGAGACUGCCAGGUGAGCCUGCUGAACGUGCGGCUCUUCCUCAACAAGCUGGUCCUGUUCGUCCUGCAGCAGUGCUACCAGGAGAGCAUCAGUUCCGACGAGUGCCCCGAGGUCUGCUUUGGGGACCACUGUGAAGCCUGCGACCUGGGUGUCUGCUUCUUCCAGAAGCCCCCAGACCCCGCCUGGGGGCCCGAGACCAGGAGCCCCAGCACCGUCCAGGCCAUGCCAGCCCUGGGCAGCGGCCCUGUGGCCAAUUGCGCCUGGGGCUUCGUCCUCCCCUCUGUGUCCGACCCCCUCUCUGAGAGCAGCCACUUCUUUAGCGAGGACAUGGACAUCAUCACCGUGCCCUUCACCCUGGUGAGCGUGGGCAGGGACAAGGGCUCUGUUGGCCCUGGAGAGGGCACCCCCAGCGAGGCUGGUCUCCAGGGGCUGAUGAUCAUCGACAGGGGCUCCGCCGACCAGCCUGCCAGUCUCAGGGCCUUGCCCACCAGCAUGAGCAUCCUGGUCAACAUCAAGGCCCCCAUCCUCCACGGCAGAGACCACCUGCUCAGGAGCAUCAAGUCCUUCCAAGUCAAAGGCUUCAUCUUCAAGGGCUUUGGCUCCCUUUUGGGCCAAGACAAGGGCCCAGGCACCGAUCCCAGCUGCAACAGUGGACCCACUGGAGAUGCCACCCUGCCCGUGUCCUAUGUCUUGGGCCUCACAGAGAAGGGCGAGGGCUCCAUCACCUUUCCCUUGUCCUUGGCCAACAUCAUCCAGGGCCCGGACUCCCUCCCUGACCUCAACGGCUCCCUGACCUUCCCUUUCAUCAUCACCGACCAGUGCAAGGGUGGGGCAGAGUGUGGCCACGACCCUGCCCUCAGCCCCGCCUCCUCGGGGAGCAGGGGUUCCCUCAUCAUCCCCUUCUCAGCCUUUAGUCCCAUAAAGCUCGGGGGCCUGCAGGGCAGCAGCUACCACAGGAGCGAGCACUGCGGCAGGCACAGGCGCCGCCGGGCCCGGAGGCCUCGGGCCCGCAGGGAGGAGGACUUCUUGGAGGAGGAGGACGGCUGGUGCUGGCCGAGUUUCGAUCCCUACGAAGAGGUCUGGGUCUGGAUGUGCAUGGUCUUCUUCGUCCUCUGGACACUGUACCUGUGCACUUCUUGACGGCUCCCAGACGCGUGUCUGAGCGUGCCACCUCCCUCCCGGGUCCCCCACUGCGUCUCUCCCUCCGCAGGGCUGCCCAGACAAAGCCAAGUGCUGCUGGCCCCCCGGCCCCCACCGCUCCCCACCAGCCCCGCCCCCAUUCUGCCAGCCCCCCUGAGCUGAGGCCUCCCAGUGCGCACAGCUGCUCCCUGGACCUCUUGCUUCUGUGUUCUCUCCCUUGACGUGACUCAAGCAGUGGUCCCGUGAUGUCCGCGUGUGAUGUCCACGUGUGAUCAUUCCCCGGUGUGACCCCCAGCUGCCCCUGUGUGUUCACUUGUGUGUGUUACACUCCGUUCAAAUAAAAGUCAACAAGAGAAGACCAUACAGCACACUUGGGCCGAUGACAGCCAGCGCCGAAGAGGUGGUGGUGAAGUGGGAGAGCGGUGGCCAGGGGCCUCUGGCGCUUCCCCAGGGCGUGAUGGGACGGCCUCAGGCACAGAGCUCAUGUCGGCUCGCCUUUGCUGUGCACGCACGGCCCAAUGGCCACGCUCCUGCCCCGGGGCCAGGUCGAACCCCGUGGGGGACCCGUGGCAGGUCGGAGCCCCCGUCCGCCCUACAGUAAUUGCACCCCCCUGGGUAGGAACCCUGCCCUGCCAGGACGCCCUCGAAGGGUUAACACCUGGAACA